AUUUCCUUUAUAUAAAAAAUUAAUUUGAAAGAAAAAUAUAAUUUAAAAAAAGAAAAAAAAAAAUAAAUAAAUAAUACGAAUAUAUUAUAUUCGCACGUAACACUUUAUAAGCACUACCCUGUAUAGUAAAUAAACAUAUAACGUGCGCAUGCGAACGAGCUUUACUUAUUUCAACCAUAACUAUCGCAACGAAAAGCGCAUGUCAAACAAAUUCUAUCUCUAUCUAGAUCUAUCAAUCUAAUAAAGAUUAUAUUAGAACGAUGACACUCAUUAUUCCUUUCACAUAGAUAUGUUUGAGAUGAAUCAUAAUAAUAAUAGUAGAAAAGUGUUACGACUAGUUACGGUCAUCAACGAUCUAUUCUUUAGGUUCACAACGUAAUUAAGAAACACCAUUAACUGUGUUCUAUACCGUUAAGACAGGAAAAUAGAAUUCAUUGUUAUAGAACGAGGACAAAAGUUUUGACAAAGAGAAAUAGGAAGUACAAUCUUUUCAGAUAUACAAAUUUUUAUAACAAUUUUAAGAUAAUUAAAACGAGAAAUUACAUCAAAUAUGAGUAAUACAUCAACGAAAGAAAAUUUGUCGAGAUUACAAAAAAUCAAAGAAAUCUUUUGUUCGUCUAAUCAAAUUCGAAGAAAAAAAUUGAUUAAACGAAGUGCUCGUGCGAGCAUCGAUUCUCAUCGUCGUAAGUUGAUCAGGACACGUUACUAUUUCACCAGUGGCCAUGAACACUUAGGAAAAGCUAGAAACGUCAAUGCUGAACAAUCACCAUUUGAAUUUCCCUCAUGCUCUUAUAUGUUCGCGUAUUUUCAAUUUUGGAAAGCUCAAAAGCUCAAAGCUAUUGAAGCCCGACAUAUAUCAAGUUAUAAAAAACGUGUCAGUAUUCCGCAACCACGUAAUGACAUUCUUAGAAGAUUACGAGUGGACGUGGCGGCAGAAGAAAAAGAAAAAAAGAAACACAAAGAAUUGAAAGAAGCAUUUGCCAUAACUGACGUAAAUCCGGAAUAUUUCACAGAAACAACUGGAGGUUUGGUAAAAGAAAAAUUUUCCCUUCAUCAAUAUGUCGAGGAUCUUCGACAGAUUUUAAGAAACAGAUUACUUGCUGGCCAACAACGUGAUCUUUGUAUUCACAUUGAACAACAAUUCGACGAAGAACGAAGGAAAUUAAACAAGAUCAAACGUCAAUAUCGUACAUACGUUAAUAUCUUCGAAGGUUUCUUAUCGAAGGAUCAUGAAGAUAGUAUGGUUAUUUUGAGAGAAUCCGAAAAGGAAUUGAAAUUGACUUCGGCAAUAAAUGAAAAAAGAACUUUGUUGGGUAAAGAAUGCAGUAAAAUUAGAUUGGAUUUGUAUUAUUGGGAGGAAAAUUGGAGAUUGGUAAAGAUGUGUCAAAGAUUUUUAUUUCAAAUUUCACCGAUUUCAUGGAGAAACAAAUACGAUUGGAUUUAUCGUUCACAAUCGGGAGAAAGCAUAUUUUUUGGUACUACUGAUGACAUUUUUAAUCGUUACAAGAUGGCCACAGAAGCUGCAUCACUUGACUAUUUAAUAAAUAUGUUCGAAGAAGAUUUAAUAGAAGCAGGCCCCACUGAUCUUUACUUCGACGAUCCGUCCGAUCUGCUACACGUAUUUGAAACAAUAGAGACACAAAAUUUAAACUCCUUGAUACAUUUGGAAUCAUUAGAAGCAUCUUUAGUUAAGAUGCUAAUAACAAUGACAGAAGCUGAAAAUCGGAUAGAACAUGAAUUCGAUGAAAUUAUUGAUAGUAUUGAAGAAUUGGAAGAUUUGAUUUAUAAAGCGGAGGAAAGAGCAACGAAUUUGCAUAAAUACGCAAAUUACCUUUUGCAAGGUGUAUUUCGUGAUUUAGUGUGUUCCGAAGAUAUUCUUUGUAUAUAUGUUUUUAUUGAGGAUGCAUAUGAAACUUGCAUAGCAUCAAAUGAUGCUAAAUUCAAUAGUUUUACUAUGAUAAAGUUAAUUGAAAAGACUCAUGAGAAACUCAAUUUAGAAUUGGAUACUUUACCUUAUGAAAUAGUUAAAAAAUAUGAAAAAGAAGGUUUCAAACAAGAACUCAAAGCUCUCAAAGAAGCUGAAGAUGCUGCCAGAAAGUUCAAUCUAAUGCUUCAAUUAUUAGAUUCACUAACCCGUAUCAUGAAGAGACCGACAAUAACUAAACGAAAAUUAAAAUGGCGCUCAAAACCGAUUUAUGAGAAAACAGAAAAAGUAGCUUCUUAUGUCGAGCCAACGGAAGAAGAAAUGCAAUAUUUAACUUUCUUUACACGUUAUUGUAAACACGAAGACUUCACGAAAUAUCGUUCUAAAUUUCCUGAUGAUUUUGAUUUAACAUUUAAGGCCAAAAAUCGAGAAACUUCGGAAAGUUCAGAAGUUACAAAUUAAAACUGUAAAAUAAUAUUGAUGAAAAUUCCACGGAUAUAAAGUGUAUGUAUAUGUGUUUUUCUAAUCACUUAACUAAUAUGAGAUUAUUUAAAUCAUCUAUACUGGAAAAAUAUUUAUUAGACAUUUUUUGUUUCACAUAUGAAGUAUCUGUUCUUAAGAAAUUUCGUUACUUCUUCGUAAAUAUAUUAUGAGACUUACAUCGAUGUACUCAAUUUCUUUUUCGCCGAUAAAUCACGAUGGUAUCGUAGACGAAAA